AUGACGAGCAGCUUCAACAUCGAACCUCUGGCCCAUCCCGAAGGGAAGACAUGCAAAUUUGGAGCUGUCAUUACGGGUCUUGAUCUGAACAACUUUACUGAAGAGAUAGUGGCCGAGUUGGAGAAAGCGAUCUGGGAGCAUAAACUCGUAAUUAUCAAACGCCAACAUGAUCUCAAGCCGAAGCGUGCCUGGGAAUUACUUCAAGCGCUCGAUCCAGAAAUGAUCAUUGAGGAUGACGACAAAUUGAUGGACUUAUUCCACCCUCACCAGUGGUUCAGGGACUCCUUCCAAGCUAUCAAGGUUCCUGAUGCGGGUUUGUUUUACUUUAUUGGAAAAGGCCCCCAAGACGACCCGCGCUACGGUAAACCAGGCCUAGAUAUGGGUGACGCUAGCGUAAGCCAUUACUACAGCGUACCGCUGUCGGACGAGGACUUCGAAGCUGGACGUACCCGUUUUCACGUGUGGUACAUGAACGGAAUGUAUUGGCGACACGACCUUACAAAGUUCACUAUUCUUCGACCCAUCAAGUUUCCUACAGAAGGCCUGGAUAAGCAAACUGUAGAAUGGGCAGAUGGCUCAGGCAUGACUAUGGAAGUAAAACCGGGACGUCAGGCGUUCCUGGACGUUGAACAACUGUACGACAUGCUAAGUGAUGAGGAAAAGAGAAUGGCCGACCACAGUUGGGCGGAGUACAGCAUCUUGCCAUUUGAGAAUCUCAAGGACUGCCAUUAUGCUCCAAACGGCCUAGGCGUGGUAACUGAGGGUAGGGAGCAGCCAGAGGAAGAGCUGCUAAAGUUGGGAGGGGCAAAGAAAGAAUGGCAAAAGAAGUACCCGAUGGUUUGGGUUAACCCCGUUACUGGCAAGAAGUCAUUCAUGUGUAUACAGCACUUGAUUCGGCGGUUAUUUAUCCGCAAUGGCCCAGAUGAGACUGCGAGAGUUAUCGACGACCUGGGCGAAGUAAGGAAGUUCUUGGAUAAUAUCUACACCAGAAUUAUCCUGCCUGAGCAUAUCUGGGUAGGCCCAGAGGACGAGCAGGACUUGGUUAUCUUUGGGAGUCAAGGUCUGCUUCAUUCGAACAUCGACUAUCCUGCUAGUUGGGGUGUUAGGACGAUACACCAGGCCUUCAUGCCCACAAAAAGGCCACCUGUAGGGCCAGUGCCCAUUCCAGAGUUUCCAAAAUAA